UUCAGGUUACCUUACUUUCGACACUGUGUUCCAGAGGAGCCAUGGUCGUGGUGGCAGUCGUCCUCAUCGCUUCUACAGUCUGUGACAUCGUCACGUCAAAGAGCAAUCAACUGAAGAAAGGCAUAGUGUGGCAAGCAUUCUCGGUGCGCAGAAACUGGAUCUCUCUCACAGCCAUCAGUAAUUCGGGCUUCGGCAGCGUCCAUGGCGUCAAGUCCCUCACGAUGGCGUGGGUCAUACUCUAUCACGUCUACAAGAUUGACAACGUUACUCCCGCCAUCAACUGGGACACAACUGUUCCUUCGACGACUGGCGACUGGACGACUGCUCCUCUGAUAAGUGGCGGGAGUCUGGCUGUGGACUCGUUCUUCCUGAUGAGCGGCAUGCUGGUGGGCUUCGGGUUCCUGAGGGAGCGCGCCCACGGCCAGCCCUUCGGCCUCUUCCGUUUCUACCUGCAGCGCUACCUGCGCCUGACGCCCCCCUAUGCCGUAAUGAUUUGGUUCUAUGCCACAUUCUUGCCUCGGCUUGGCAACGGACCCCUUUGGUCUGAGGAGAUGGUGGUCGACAGUGAUCAAUGUAUCCGCGUGUGGUGGCACAACUUGCUGUAUGUCAACAGCUACGAGGUUAGGCCUAAAGUGUGCAUGGACCACACGUGGUACCUGGCAGUGGACAUGCAGCUGUUCUGGGCAUCACCGUUGCUGCUAUGGGCACUGUACAAGUGGCGGCGGGCUGGCCGCGUUCUGCUGUUGAGCAUUGUGUUCGCCGCGUCUGGCGCCGCCUUCGCCAUCACCUUCUGCUACAGCCUGCCCUGGGGUGAUAUUCCUGGCCUCCCACACGAGCAGUGGGCGGAGUACGUGUCGCUCAUGUACGUGCCCACAUACUCGAGGAUCGUGCCCUAUGUGACUGGUGUGGGUCUUGGUUGGGUCCUCUUCUACAGCAAAGACAAGAAGUGCGGGAUGAAUGAGGUGGCGGUGAGUGCCUGUUGGGCAGCGUCGACGGCUCUGGCGCUGUUCGCCACGUACGGGCUGCACCUCAGCUACCACAGGCCCUACAGCAGGCUGGAGGCUGCGCUGUUCGCCUCUCUGCGGCCGCUCGCCUGGUCUCUGUCCAUCGCCUGGGUCAUCUACGCCUGCGAAAAGGGACGCGCAGGGCCAGUGAAAACUCUUCUGUCGUGGCGAGGUUUCCAGCCACUGGCCAAACUGAGCUACUGCGUCUACUUGGCACAUUCAGUCAUCCUCUUCUACCACUGGGGGAUUACGAGGACACCUAUCAUCUUCGGGCGGUACUAUAUUGUCCAGAAAGCACUGGGCGUCUUGCUGAUGGUGUUACCAGUGGCAGCGGUCCUCUCACUGAGCUUCGAGAUGCCUGUCCUGAAUCUAUCUAAGGCUUUUCUCAAUCCAGGGAGACAACAGGGAAACUGCUGGCGCUCUCGAGCCAAACCAGUAUCAGAUGCAACUGAACAGAAGCUGCCGGCAGACCCGCAAGUGAGAGAUGUCCAUAUGACAGUUGAGAAUUCCAGGGAGCAAUCGGGGUUCAACCCAAACGAAGUCGUGCAUCUUUAGAGGUGGCAGGGGGAGUACAAAAAUUUUCCCUGUUUCUACUGACGACAUCUACAAUUCCCUACAGAAAUGGAUAUUGAGAUACAUGCAUACUUUUCUGGUCCUUAUACUAGCUGCAAACGCAAUGGUCAGAUUUGUACUGUGUGAAACAUAUUGGAAAUGUCUAUGGUAUCAACGUCGUCUGUAACACUCCUGCAUAAGUGCAGGUAUAUUUACAUUUUUUUUAAAAAAUACAAAAUGUGGAGCAUUGAUAAAAACCUCA